UACACGCACCACAAGACAGAGUCCCCGAACUCAUGGACACAAGUCACAGGCCGAAGGGUUUUGGAAGAAUGGUGCCAUGUACGGUGCCACCACAGAGAGCUCCUGCAGAACAUAAGGAAUGGACUCCAAAUCGGGUCGGCAGAUUGCUGUGCUCUCGUUUCGGCGGUCAGACCGAACUUCAAAUCAAGCAGGAAUUCCUGGAAGUCUGUCGAUAGCUCGACUCUUUUCUAGCACAUAAGCCCUAGCCUAGUCUCCCCUGUGACAAGGAUUCGUCGAUAGCACCCGUCAGUCUGCCUGGAUCAAAAGAAUGCGCCGGAGACGCAUGCGAAGUUUGAGCUGUUGACAUUGUACUGCUGCAAUCCUACCUUCGGUCUUUCCACGGUCAGGUGUUGAAACCUUCCCAGAAACAAGCUUGCGAGGAUUGAAUUGACACUGGAACGCGGAAGGGGCAUGGUCGAACUUGAUGACUCUGUGAUUCGUCACCCGACCUCUUGAUCAGAUAAGUCCAGGCGAUUGACGGAGGAAAUUGCGUCGGGAUGGAUUUUUCACGGUGUUUGGUCUGAGCAGAGUUGGGCUCGGGAAUGGUCCCCUGCCGAGACGAGAUGUUGUAGUUCGGAGCUUACGACAGAUGGGAAGCAUGUGAUGCAGCUCCUCUUUCUUGUCGUUAUGGAUCGUCUGCAUCGAGACGAUUUCGAUGAGUGCGCGAAUUGGAGCACCUCGAAAAUUUAGACUAGUUCCAACGGAGGACUUGCCAAGGAUUCCUGGAGGAUUUUCGUCGAAGGCGAUGGCUAUGGUAAUGGCGAUUAGCCUUCCGUCCCCAGCGCGCCCAUCGAAAGAAUUGGUGCAGAGCAGGGUGAGGAAAAGCCCCAGCUCGAACCGUAGCACCAAGCGGACGCAUUUGAGGUUCGACAAGCCUUUGCCGUAUCUGCAGUUUUUUUGCAGCUCUCGAAGACGGUCCCUUCGCGUUGGGACGGUUGUGGCCGCUGCUUCUGUGGAAGAUGGCGUAGAUGGCGACGGGACUGAACACGAGUCCAUGGUGUUGGAUUGUUAUGAUAAUUCACCCUGUGCGGUUGGACUCUUCGUGGAAAAGAAACCUGAAACGAAGUCCUUCCUGGAACAACUGAUAGCCAAGUUGCAAUUGGUGGGAGUGCUUAUUGCUCUGGGCAUGGUCAUAGGCGCGAGAGUGGCUACUGCAAGUGUCACUGGGCCCCCGAUAGACGGGAAGAGGAAAUCCUCUUCAAUCUCGUACUCUCGGUCUCUCAAUUCUCCGAUUUUGGUGUCGGAGGGCUCAGAUCCAGGAGCCAGGGAAAUGAUCACAGCAGACUUGGAUGAUAGAGAGGAUCAGAAAAGAAUCAACGAGAGCAUUGUCGACGGCACUGCGUGGAGUCGAAACGACUUCCAUGGAAUUGUUCAGCACCAAGCGGUUCAUAUAAAUGGAGCCGCACUGGCUGCGGAGAUUGAGGGAGAUGACGAAGAAGCACGUCGAGAGUUCGAAGUUUGGAAAGCAACACCUUACGCACUUACUGUACCACUCAGACUCGUCGGCCUUCGAGGGUCUGUGCCACCUGUCUGGCUGAAGGAUUUUUCUACUUCACAAGGGAAGAGAGUGAAAGUGGUGGCAGAGUUCCAAGGCAACCUUCAGAACAUAUUUACGGAUUUAUCAACUGGCCUCUCCAGCAAGCAGCUGACUCCGAAGUCAGCUCUGUCAGCAGAUCUUGUGACCAUUGGAGAAUCCUGGAUAGGCAGGGCCGUCUCUGGGGGUCUUAUAACUCCAAUGGAGAAUGUAGAGAAAUAUGAAUGGUUUCAACGCCUGGGCACGACCUGGCAGACAUACCUACGAAGGAACGAGUUUGGAGAUGUUGAUCCGCAUGGGAAGGUCUGGGCCAUUCCUUACCGAUGGGGCAAAGUAGUGAUUGCCUACAAUAGACAGAAGCUACAGCAACAUGGAAUCCCUAUGAUCGAGGACUGGGAUGAUCUUUGGAAACCAGAACUCGCUGGCAGAAUUGCAAUGAUAUCUUCAUCGAGGGACGUUGUCGGUGCAGUCCUGAAGUCCCUGGGGGCGUCUUACAACGUGAAGGACUUCGAGACUGAUGUUCCAGGUGGAAGACAAGCCGUCGAAGAGAAGUUUCGCUCUCUUCAAAAGCAGGUCCGUUUGUUCGAUAACGUACAGUACUUGAAGACCUUGGGAGCAGGGGAAGUGUGGGUGGCAGUUGGAUGGUCAGGUGAUGUCAUCCCUUUUGCCAAGAGGACAUCAAAUAUCACUGUUAUCAGUCCUCGAUCAGGCACGAGCUUAUGGGCUGAUCUAUGGGCGAUUCCAGCGACACCGUCGACAAGCACCAAGGUGGGCGGCCGAGUUAGAGGACCAUCUCCACUUUGUUACCAAUGGAUUGACUUCUGUCUCCAAUCGGCACGAGCAGCUUCUUUCAAGGAAGACGUUUUUGUUGGUGCUUCUCCUCUCGUGCUUGCCGGGAAGUCUGGCGACGAAAACCCGACAUCGGAGAGCGUAGAAGAUGCCGACAUUGGCCUCGAGCGGGUGAGCAGCGUCGAACGUGAUGAAAGUGCUGAAAGCGACAAGGAAAAUCCUUCGUCGUCUACGAUGAUGGAGGACUCCCUUUCUUUCAACCCCAUAGGAAGGGACGAGUUUUUAGAACCCCUGAGCCCCACAGCACUCGAUGAUUUCAAGUUGUUGCUGUCCGGGAGCGCGGAAUUGCCCAAGGCCGGACUGAAAUCUCUGGCCCAAAAGUUUCAGAAUCUCUUUAGUAGCACCGGACGGACGAUUGGAUCGUAGAGUCCCGUCGAUAAACCUGUAAACCUCUUCUUUCUUCCGAGAAAUAUUUUUUUGGGAAUGCGUGUACACAAACCUGAAUGUGUCAUGAAAAGAUAAAUGUUUCCUGAAAUCCCAAACGAAGAAACAAGAUGACCACCAACGUCUU